CAGGCGAGUCCGCCUAAGCACGAGCACAAAUGCCAGGCGAAUCCGCCUAAGCACAAUCAUAAACGCCAAGCGAAUCCGCCUAAGCACAUUCAUAAACGCCAAGCGAAUCCGCCUAAGCACAAGCAUAAACGCCAGGUGAAUCCACCUAAGCACAAGCAUAAACGCCAGGCGAAUCCGCCUAAGCACAAUCAUAAAAGCCCGGUGAAUCCACCUAAGCACAAGACAUAA